GUGAGGACGUUGCGCCGUGGGGCGGGGCGGACGAGCGGUGUCCAUCAGGCCGUGUGUCCCAGGCCGUCGCCCCCGCUGUGGCGCUACAUCUGCUCCUUGCAUGCCUUUAGAUGGUACAGCCCUCAGCCGGGGCUUCGGGAGACAGCGCAGCCGCCGAGCAUCUCUGCUGAGCUUCUCCGCCGAUCCUCCUUUUCUAGCAGGCAGCUCUUCUAGGCCACGUCCAGAUCGAGGGGGAAAAUGGCGCCGGCGCCCCUAGGCGUCCCAGAGGAGCAGUUGCUGGGGUGUCGAUCUGGAUUGCUUUCUCGGUUACUCUUCAUUGCCCAGACCGCUCUCCUCCUGUUGCCCGCCGCCGGAGCAGGUCUCUGCCCCGCGCCCUGCUCCUGCCGCAUUCCUCUCCUGGACUGCAGUCGCAGGAAAUUGCCCGCACCGAGCUGGAGGGCGCUAUCGGGCCUGCUGCCCCCCGACACUGCUAUCCUGGAUUUGAGUCAUAAUCGGUUGUCUGACUGGAACAUCAGCUUGGAAUUACAAACAUUACAGGAAGUGAAAAUGAAUUACAAUGAACUAACAGAAAUCCCGUAUUUUGGAGAACCAACAUCUAAUAUUACUCUACUUUCAUUAGUCCAUAAUAUAAUCCCAGAAAUAAAUGCACAGGCGCUCCAGUUUUACCCUGCUCUGGAGAGUUUAGACCUCAGCUCAAAUAUAAUAUCGGAAAUCAAGACGUCUUCAUUUCCUCGCAUGCAGCUUAAAUACCUGAAUUUAAGUAAUAACAGAAUAACCACCUUGGAGGCUGGUUGCUUCGAUAAUUUAUCGAGUUCCUUAUUAGUGGUAAAGUUAAACCGUAACCGAAUUAGCAUGAUUCCACCUAAGAUCUUCAAGCUGCCUCACCUCCAAUUCUUGGAACUUAAAAGAAACAGAAUUAAAAUUGUGGAAGGUCUUACAUUCCAAGGGCUCGACUCCUUAAGAUCUUUGAAAAUGCAGCGGAAUGGAAUUAGCAAACUUAAGGAUGGAGCAUUUUUUGGCUUGAAUAACAUGGAAGAACUAGAACUGGAACACAACAACCUUACACGAGUGAACAAGGGGUGGUUGUAUGGCUUGCGAAUGUUACAGCAGCUCUAUGUGAGCCAGAAUGCCAUUGAAAGAAUCAGCCCUGAUGCAUGGGAGUUCUGCCAAAGACUAUCCGAACUUGAUUUGUCCUAUAACCAGCUGACCCGCCUGGAUGAAUCUGCCUUUGUGGGUCUGAGCUUAUUGGAGAGAUUGAAUUUAGGAGACAACAGAGUCACUCAUAUUGCUGAUGGCGUAUUUAGAUUUCUUUCCAAUCUUCAGACAUUAGACUUAAGAAACAAUGAAAUUUCAUGGGCCAUAGAAGAUGCUAGUGAAGCCUUUGCUGGACUCACAAGUCUCACUAAAUUAAUCUUACAAGGAAACCAGAUUAAGUCAAUUACAAAGAAAGCAUUCAUUGGUCUUGAAUCCCUUGAGCAUCUAGAUUUGAACAAUAAUGCUAUAAUGUCUAUCCAAGAAAAUGCUUUUUCUCAGACUCAUUUGAAAGAACUGAUUCUGAACACAAGCAGUUUGCUCUGUGACUGCCAUUUGAAGUGGCUACUUCAAUGGUUGGUUGAUAAUAACUUUCAACAUUCUGUGAAUGUAAGCUGUGCACACCCUGAAUGGCUAGCAGGACAAAGCAUCCUGAAUGUGGAUCUGAAAGAUUUUGUCUGUGAUGAUUUUCUUAAGCCACAGAUAAGGACACAUCCUGAAACCAUAAUUGCUCUAAGAGGCAUGAAUGUGACUCUGACGUGCACUGCAGUGAGCAGCAGUGAUUCACCCAUGUCCACUGUGUGGCGCAAAGACAGUGAAGUCCUGUAUGACGUGGAUAUUGAGAAUUUUGUUCGUUAUCGGCAGCAAGCUGGAGAAGCUCUGGAAUAUACUAGUAUCUUACAUCUUUUCAAUGUGAAUUUCACAGAGGAAGGAAAAUAUCAGUGUAUUGUUACUAAUCACUUUGGUUCUAAUUAUUCUCAGAAAGCCAAACUGACUGUAAAUGAGAUGCCAUCUUUUCUGAAAACGCCAAUGGAUCUGACUAUUCGCACUGGUGCCAUGGCCAGAUUAGAAUGUGCUGCAGAGGGACACCCUGCACCUCAGAUUUCCUGGCAGAAAGAUGGUGGUACUGACUUUCCUGCGGCUCGAGAAAGACGCAUGCACGUCAUGCCCGAGGAUGACGUCUUCUUUAUUGCCAAUGUGAAAAUAGAAGAUAUGGGAAUCUAUAGCUGCAUGGCACAAAAUACAGCAGGAGGUCUCUCAGCAAAUGCUUCCCUAACAGUGUUAGAGACACCCUCAUUUAUUAGACCCCUGGAGGAUAAGACAGUAACCCGAGGUGAAACUGCGGUGUUACAGUGCAUAGCUGGAGGGAGUCCUGCCCCUCGUCUCAACUGGACUAAAGAUGAUGGGCCUUUGCUGGUGACAGAACGACAUUUCUUUGCUGCAGCCAAUCAGCUUCUCAUCAUUGUAGAUGCCGGGCUAGAAGAUGCUGGGAAAUAUACCUGCAUUAUGUCUAACACCCUUGGGACAGAACGUGGCCACAUUUACCUAAAUGUCAUUUCAUCCCCCAACUGUGACUCUUCCCAGAGUAGCAUUGGGCAUGAAGAUGAUGGCUGGACCACAGUUGGCAUUGUCAUCAUUGUUGUGGUCUGCUGUGUUGUUGGCACUUCUUUGAUCUGGGUCAUUGUUAUUUACCACAUGAGAAGGAAAAAUGAAGACUAUAGUAUCACAAACACAGAGGAGCUCAAUCUGCCUGCAGACAUUCCCAGCUACUUGUCUUCCCAAGGAACGCUGUCUGAGCCACAGGAAGGCUACAGCAACUCUGAGGCAGGCAGUCAUCAGCAACUUAUGCCUCCUGCCAAUGGAUAUAUACACAAAGGCACUGAUGGUGGCACUGGUACCCGGGUGAUUUGCUCAGAUUGUUAUGACAAUGCCAACAUCUACUCCAGGACCCGAGAAUACUGUCCAUACACCUAUAUUGCUGAGGAGGACGUUCUUGAUCAGACACUGUCCAGCCUCAUGGUCCAAAUGCCUAAAGAGACAUAUUUAGCACAUCCUGCCCAGGAUACUACUGCCCUAGAGAGCCUGAUAUCGUCAGCCAACAGAGAGCCAUCUGCCUUUCCCACCAACCAUGAGAGGAUAAGUGAGAAGAAACUUCCCUCCACACAGAUGAGCGGUGAAGCAUUGCAGUGGCCCGUGUGGAACAUAAACAGAGAACUAGGCCUGCCUCAUCCUCCUUUUUCCCAGCAGCCAGUCCAUGAGUCACCACAACUUCAUCAAAAUGAGGGCCUGGCAGGGAGAGAGCCAGACUGUUCCGCUUCUUCCAUGUCCUGCCACAGGUUACAGGAUCAUGCUUUUGAUUUUAGUAGGACUCGGAACAUUCAAGAUGGUAGUGAGGGCACAUGAAACUCACUUCAGGAUGAAAUCUGGGCAGAGACUCAUUAAUUUUGCAUUUACUACCUCAGAGCUCAGAAGAAACUCCGAAGUCAGCAUUUGCUUUACUCUUUCUUUAUGAUUACAUCUGACUGCACCAAGGUGGGCCAUGCGUUGUUUGGUCUUAUACCUGAUGAAGAAAUGGCAACAGCUGACAGAAAUGGGCACAGCUCAUCAAAAAUGUGCAGCACCGGCAGAGGGAAGAUACGGGGCAAAUGUGCUUCCUGAUGGUUCCAUGGGGAUGUGCCCUGGUGUGCAUCUGCCUGUCAGGAAGAGUCACAUUGCUGCUUAACAUCCUGGAUUGCCCUAGUCUUCAGAAUGGUCCUGAGAAAACAUCACUACUUUGAUGUUCUACUUUGCCUUCCAAGGAGCAAAAAUAACUCUGGAGCCUUCUGGGAAGUGUGCCUGGGAUUCUUCAGUGGUUUCAGGCAGAUAGUUGAGACUGGGGCUUUGAUAUUCAAGGUCUUUGGCAAGAAUCCCAAGCUUGACCAACUGGUACCAGGUCAAAGGUUUUUUAUUCUUGUGAAUUUUUUUUUUUUGUCCCGGGAUGUCAUUGUAAAUAUAUGUGCAUUUAUAAAUAAUUUUUGUAUUCAUUGAC